AUGUUGAAUUACAGGAAAUGGGCCGAGACCCCCGUCUCCAUUGUGAAGUCCGUUAGGGCAUCGCGCGCCGAGUACAGACGGCUGGGUAAAAGCGGCCUCGUCGUAUCCAAUCCGAUCAUGGGGGGCAUGCACAUCGGCAGCUCCAAGUGGUAUGAGUGGUGGGACACGGCAAACAUCUACUCCAAUGGAGAGUCGGAACGAAUCAUGGGCAAGACGCUGAAGGUUCACAAUAUCCCGCGCAGCAAGAUUAUCAUCAUGACAAAGUGCUUCCGUCCAGUCACCGACCCCGAGAUCGACGACGUCGGGUCCUGUACCGCCUUUAGCUUGGAUCUUGCGCGACAAAGCAAAGACUAUGUCAAUCACUGCGGGCUUUCCCGAACAGCAAUUUUCCAACAGGUGGAAGCGUCGCUGAAGCGCCUCGACACAGGCUACAUCGACGUGCUGCAAAUCCACCGUUUUGACCCGAACACGCCACCAGAGGAAACCAUGAAGGCUCUCCACGACCUUGUCCAGGCGAACGUGGUGCGGUACCUGGGGGCAAGCUCCAUGUGGGCGCACGAGCUCGCCAUUCUUCAGCACACGGCAGAGAAGCACGGCUGGACCAAGCUCGUUUCGAUGCAGAACCACUACAACCUCCUGUAUCGCGAGGAAGAGCGCGAGAUGAUCAAGUACUGCAACUACGCAGGCAUCGGGCUCAUCCCAUGGAGCCCGCUGGCAUCGGGCAGACUUGCCAGGCCUCCAGGCCAGCAGCCAAACACCUUCCGCGCCGUAAAUGGGCAGAUUUACAGGGACCACAAUCCUGAAGUGUCCAAGGAAAUCGUCAGUAGAGUCCACCACCUCGCCACUUCUCGCGGGUUACCAAUGAGCCAUGUGGCCUUGGCGUGGUUGGACGCUCGAGGUCUCGCGCUCUCGGUUGAUGAAGAGAAGUAUCUGGAAGAAUCUUACCGACCGCAGCCCAUUCAAGGCCAUUCUUAG